AUGGCUGACGCGAUCCCAUCGAAUCGAGGUGCAGGCGCCGAGGUGAAGCUUAAUCUCGGUGCCGGGGAGGAGGCACGCCGGAGGACGCCCAGCGAGUCAUUUGAUGCCGACACGCAUGUCCUGCGUACCACAUUCUCAUUCGAUAAGCUACCGGAGAGAACGGCACAUACGUGGUACCAGCGCGGCAUCCAGCGCCUGCAGCACUCCUGGCGCGCCCUACCCACGGCGUGCCGCGCUCUGCUGGUGCUUGCGGUGCUGAAUGCCGCGCUGACCAUUGCAUAUGCGGCCUCCAUCUACAGUGCCGGGGACAAUGGCGAGGCCGUCCAUAUCAGCAUCGGCACCGUGAUCUGCGCGUUCUUCAUCUGCGCGUUCCUCAUUGAUGCGGUGGUAUAUGAGAAUUCUCUGGAGAUGGCAGCCGCCGUGAUCAUAGGCUCCCUGGUCCUCAUGCGCGUCGUGUGGUUCAUCAUUCGCAAGGAGUCCAGCGUGAAGCUGGUGGUGCUGUGGGGCGUCAUGCUCUGCUCCACCCAGAGUCUCGUCAUCCGCGCCGCGGUCACGGCCAACGCCUUCAACACCGCCUACCGCCUGUGCGUGGUCAUGGCGGUGCUGCUGACGGCGCUGGGAGUGAUGGGCUCCGCAGAGCGGCCCACCGGCGUGGACGUCGCGCUCAUGGUCAUGGCCAUCGUCGGCCUCUUUGUCACCGCGGCCGCCGUGGCGGUGGUGGUGGUGGCGCUGGCCCAGCCGAGACCCACGCACGGAAUCGCCAGCCCCGAGUGCGUAGCAGCGGCGCUGGCUGCGUCCCUAGUCCAGCCCAUCUCCGUCAUCAUCCUGUACUCUAACGACCACGACCAGCGCCUCUUCUCGGCACGCGUCUCCCUCAAUGUCGUGGCGGGCUUCAGCAUCGGCUCUACGUUCGCACUCCUCGCCCUGUAUCGCCUGGCGUCGGCGCAGCGCAGCCUCCUCUGCCUCGAUAAGGCGCGUUUCAAGCUGCGCGUGAUCCCCACCGCCGCUACCUCACGCAACAUGACCUUGCUCCCCCUCCAGUUGGGGGGAUGGCUGGGCAAACCCAUGCCCAAGAACCCUGGGAAGUUGCGGUACUUCCAGCUGUCCCACGACGCCUGUACCCUACGCUGGGGAUGGAACAAGUUUGUACGACUUUACUAUUUGCAGACAAUGACGACCGACAUUGAUAAACAGACCCUCACCCUAAUCUUUGUCGCUGACGCGCCCCUGACCCUCCAGUUCCCUGACGUGGCCACCCUCAAGGUGUGGCACAGGGGCCUCAGGCUCGCCCUCGACCUGGCUCUGGCCCCUGAGGGCGGUGACGAGCCCGACCUCGAGCGCGAGGCUGCCACCGACACGGCACCCCUGCUGCAUUCCCCUGACGGGGGCCGAACCGGCUCGGCGCAUCCCAGCCUGACCCGCCUGGCGCGCCGCCUGGCCGUGUUCCUGGUGCCCAGGGGGGCGGAGGGCAUGGGGGCCACCCCCGCCUCCCCCUCCCCCUCCCAGGUGAGGAAGCGGCGGCGGCUGGCCUCGCACCUGCUGCGCCUGGCCAUGCCCACCCGCCGCUCCUCCCUGGGCGGCACCGACAGCCACGCAUCGCUGGGCAGCCAGGAGUCAGGCCGGGCCGGGGAGUCGAUGGCCGCUGUGCACGGGGAGCCGCCCGCAGCGGCGGCACCGGGCGAGCGGGCCACCGGGACGGCCGAGGCAGACUACGGCGACCUGGCCUGGGGCCGGCUGCUGGGCGUGGGCAGCGAGGCUCGGGUGCACGCGGCUCGCCUGCGCGGCGCCGCGGUGGCGGUCAAGUCCUUCCCCGUGGCCUCCGACGCGCUGGCAGAGGUGCAGAUGUACCUGGCCGCGGGCGCGCACGACAACAUCGUGGGCCUGCGGGGGCUGUGCCGCCACGCCGGCGCGCUGCACCUGGUGCUGGAAUACUGCCCGCGCGGCACGCUGGACGUGCUGCUGCACCACACCGCGCGACGGCCCUGGGACGCGGGCAAGCUGCUGGACAUGGUGCACAGCGUGGCCGCUGGGCUCGCCCACCUCCACGCCCGCGGCAUCCUGCAUCGCGACCUCAAGCCGGCCAACAUAUUCGUGGGCAACACGGCCACGAGCAUGAAGAUCGGCGACUUUGGCUGCUCGCGCUGCACCCAGCCCGACCUGGCCCGCCUCACGCCCAAUGUGUUGGGCACCGUGCAGUAUGCCGCGCCAGAACUCAUCAAUGAAGACCUGCUGCCCCCGCCAGGGAGUGCCCCCGACUGGCCCCUGUGCCUGGACAUCUGGUCCCUGGGCGUGGUGGUGUGGGAGAUGCUGAGCCGGCGCCGGCCCUUCGAGGGCCUGCCCCAGACGGCGGUGCAGGCGCGGUGGCUGGCGCGGCAGGUGGACGCGCGGCUGCCGGAGGUGCCGCCCCCUGGGCCGGGCACGGCGCCAGAGGUGGCGGCGGUGCUGACGGGGCUGGCGCGCCUGUCUCGGGACUGCAUGGCGCUGCGCCUGGAGCGACGGCCCCAGAUCGGGGAGGUGCUGCGCAGGGUGCAGGAGUUGCGGGCGUGCCUGCCCGCGGGGGCCGGGGCGCUCGUGUAA